AUGUCGUACGCCGUCGAAUCGAAGAAGCGCAAAUUCCACCGAGUACUAGAGUCGAUUUCUAAACCGCUUUCUUCGGAGACUACCGCGAAACUGUCGGCAUCGAAGUCCGCGCCGGCCGCCGCAGCGCGGACUCACCUCCCCGGUGAUCUUUCUAUCAAGAAGGUCCGACUGAGCAGUAACGACAGUUCCGACGUUGCAUCAAUUCGAAACUCCAUUUUUAAGACUUCACUUCCAUCCGCACGAGUCUCAUCAACCUCUUCCUCCAGUCGCCCGACUUUCGUUCCUUGGGACCGCGAACGGUUCUUGGAGCGGCUUGAGACCUUUCGCCGGGUCGAUCGGUGGACACCAAAGCCAGCACCGAUAAAUGAAGUACAAUGGGCGAAGUGCGGAUGGAUCUGUACAGAUGUUAUGCGCGUGAGUUGCGUCAGUGGUUGCGGCGGCUCCGUCGUGGUCAAAGUACCUGAUGAGAUCGACGAGCUUGAUGGGUAUGAUGUCGAAAAGGUCCAGGAGCGAAAGCAAGUCCGGAUGAAACUUGUGGAGGAAUACGAGAAGCUCUUAAAGGAAGCGCAUGGCGAGAACUGCCCAUGGCGCAACAAGAGCUGUGAUGCAACCAUUCAACAUCUGCCAUUGGCGAACCCAGACAUCGCCAUCGCCGGUCUUCGGGAACGCUACGUAGGCAUCGCGAAAUUGGGCGAUAAAUUACCGGCUGACGACAUCAUACAAGCCCCCGAAGGCUUCGACAUCGAAGCGUUAAUAAAAAUAUUGCCUGAGGAUUGGUCUACAGAAUCUCAAAAUUCCUCGGAUACACACACAGCUGAAGAAAACAAUGCUGCUGAUCAAGAAGAAGUUUCACAGCCGUCGACCCCAACACCAGCAGGGGCAAUUUCAAAGCCUGCUAUCCCUUCAACACAGCAUAUCAAUCGAGCAGCAUUAGCACUGGCCUUCUUUGGUUGGAACGCAGUAGCGGACGCAGCUGCUGGCCUAGUUAGCUGCAAGGCAUGUUUCCGUCGUCUAGGUCUCUGGAUGUACAAACCGAAGGAAAAUGGGGAUGUCACUGUCUACUCGUCAUUGGAGGUGGCUAGCGAGCAUAUGGAAUACUGUCCCUGGAUAGAUCGCUUCGCUCAAAGCGGAACAGGCCGGGCCGGUGAGAAGCCAGAAGAGUUACGCAGUGGCUGGGAGGCUGUGUCGGAAGCUCUCAGGGUGAAGCACCGCCGGCGCAUUCGGUCCACGGCAUUGGAAUCGCCGCGUACUGAAAGAAGUACCUCCCCUGCGCAGACAUUUGGCGGUGAAGAGGACGAUGAGAAGAAGAAGAAGGCCGAUCGUGAAUGGUGGGCAAAAAUCCGGCGGAUGCGGCAGGUCUUGACGCCCAGGACUCCGCGUCACAAGUCUACUAACCCUUAG